CCUUAAAGGAGAGAGGAGCUAGUGAGCAUGAGAGCGGGCACUGUGAACUGUUUGGAUUAGGCUGCUGCUUUAAACAGCGCAUCUCUACUAACAUACAUGCCUGCAGAGAGAGCUAGGCAAGCAAGAAGCCCGUGUGAGGUCAGCUGGUUCCCAGGCUUGGCCCAUCAUAAGAAGAAACAAUCAGCCUAAUGACUGGACACCAGGAGAAUUAUGGAUUUUACUAAUAUGGGUAUGAUACAGUUGCAGAACCCCAACCAUCCUACGGGUCUUCUGCUGAAAGCCAACCAAAUGAGGCUGGCAGGGACCCUGUGUGAUGUGGUGAUAAUGGUGGACACUCAAGAAUUUCAUGCCCAUAGGACAGUAUUGGCUUGUACAAGCAAGAUGUUUGAGAUCCUCUUCCACCGAAGCAGUCAACAGUACACGUUAGACUUUUUGUCACCAAAGACUUUUCAGCAAAUUUUAGAAUAUGCUUACACUGCUACACUGCAGGCUAAAGUAGAAGAUUUGGAUGACCUCCUGUAUGCUGCAGAAAUCUUAGAAAUAGAGUAUUUGGAGGAGCAGUGCUUAAAGAUCUUGGAAACAAUUCAAGCUUCUGAAGAGAAUGAUGGUGAACUCUGUACAGGAGAGAGGGCUGUGGAAGAAGAAGAUGAAAGAAAAGCACGGUUUAUCAAAAACAUGUUAAACGCAAAGCAUUCCAGUGAAGAAAGUGGUUAUACUAGUAUGAAAAACCAGAACCUAGUGGAUCAGAGUCCAUCAGUAUCAACAUCUUAUGGACUUUCGGGCAUGAGCCCAACCAAGACUGCUGUAGAUAGUUUAAUGACUAUUGGCCAGUCUUUACUUCAAGGAGCACUGCAACAAAAUGCACUAAAUUUGCACUCCACAAAUAGGCUUCAGAGCCUCUCUGAGAUGAAAACCGAAGUCAUGCAAGUUGACGAGGCCUCCAACCAGGAAAGCCCAACAGCAGAGUCCAGUGCUUCUUGUGGGGAUAAAUCUGAUGACAAGAGCAAGGACAGUCCAGGAACGCCAACUCGCAGUAGUGUAAUCACAAGUGCACGAGACCUCAGUUUUGGCCGUGAUGAGAAUACACCUGAUCAGUCUGUGGAGUUGGGUCAAGUUUUUCAUGCCGCUCAAGAGCAUGCAAUAUCCCAAGCAGAGAAACAUCUCGGUGUCUAUUCUGUACUCCCUAACCACAAAAGUGAAUCAAUGAUCAGCAUGCCAACCUCGAUGACAACUGCUCUUCAUAUGCAGCCAACUCUGGCUGUAUCCAUGGACUUCAGUGCAUAUGGAGGACUACUCCCACAAGGUUUUAUUCAGAGAGAGUUGUUCAACAAGCUUGGAGAACUCGCAGCUGGUAUGAAGAAUGAAGGCAACAACCUUAGUGAGCGUUGUAGUGUAUGCGGAGCAAAUCUUCCAGAUAAUGACUCUGUGGAACAUCACAGGAAACUGCACAGUGGAAUGAAGACUUAUGGGUGUGAGCUCUGUGGAAAAAGAUUCCUGGAUAGUCUGAGACUGCGAAUGCACUUGUUGGCUCAUUCAGCUGGGGCAAAGGCAUUUGUGUGUGAGCAGUGUGGAGCACAGUUUUCUAAGGAAGAUGCAUAUGAGGCACACCGGAGGACACAUACAGGCUCUGACAUGGCUGUGUUUUGCCUACUUUGUGGAAAGCGCUUUCAGACUCAGACUGCCCUGCAGCAGCACAUGGAGGUCCAUGCAGGAGUGAGAAGCUAUAUCUGCAGUGAGUGCAACAGGACUUUCCCCAGCCACACAGCACUCAAACGCCACCUACGCUCACACACAGGUGACCAUCCUUACGAGUGUGAGUUCUGUGGCAGCUGCUUUCGGGAUGAGAGCACAUUAAAGGGACACAAGCGCAUCCAUACAGGGGAGAAGCCUUAUGAGUGUAAUGGCUGCGGGAAGAAAUUCAGCCUCAAACAUCAAUUAGAAACGCACUACAGGGUUCACACAGGUGAGAAGCCAUUUGAGUGCAAACUGUGCCACCAGCGUUCCCGAGACUACUCAGCCAUGAUAAAACAUCUCCGAACCCACAACGGAGCGUCCCCUUAUCAGUGUACCAUCUGCCUGGAGUACUGCCCAAGUUUGUCUUCCAUGCAGAAACACAUGAAAAGCCACAAGCCCGAGGACAUACCUGCUGACUGGAGAAUUGAGAAAACCUACCUAUACUUGUGCUAUGUGUAAAAGGACAAGCCAAGAUUGUGUUGGGGGUGAGGUUGGAGGUGUUGGAACACUGAGCAAUAUAAAGAGUUUGAAAAACCCAUUGAAGGGCAAAAAAAUCAAACACAUCCACAAUGUUUGGCCCUUGUAUGGAAUACCAAAAGCUACUGUGAUACGGUUGUUCUGAGGAACAAUAUUUCUCUCGUUUAUAAUGAUGACUGUUUUGUUUGCUUGAUUCCAUCUCAAUAGACAGAGAUGAUAACACAGCAACCUGUUUCCUGAGAGGUGUUAAAAGGAUUCUGUGAUAUUGCUCUAGACAUUCACAUUGUUCCCUAAAUGUGAUCCUCACCCCAUGGAUACCGAUGGUUUCCAAUUCUUCAGCAUUUGAGUAUUACUUUUUAGUGGCCAGCCUUAUUAAGAGUAGGACAAACACUGGUGCUUCAAAUAUGAAAGUGCAUAUUUUGGCAGACUGGUUCCAAGAUGGCUAACGGGCCCCAAUGUCUCGAGAAGCUGGUGUUAGAAACAAGAUCUCAUUUAAAAGCAAAUCCCGAUACUAUCCUAAUGAUAAUUCCAGCACAGUAUUGAGUUCAACUCAGUUUACACUUCAUCUCCACAGAAAGGACACUGAAAGAAGGUCUUCGGACCCAAACGAAUAUCUACCGCAUUAGGCCAUAAUCAUUAGUUGUACGAUACAUAAAUUUUAUAUUUUUGCAUUGAUUCAAUAAUUUCCCUAUUUUUGUAGCACUGAAAGGGGGGUUUGAAACCUCGCGAAUUGAAAUUUACUUUCAAUAUCCCUUAUAUCCACUGAUAAUCAUUUAUCAUUUUUUGUUUGUACAUAAAGGUUCUAUGUGUAUGUAUAUGGUUAUCUUUCAUCUUUAUCCCCCGAGUUUUCCUCUCUCCGGGUCAAAAAGGUUCCUGGAGAGUAACAUGCUGCCUGCCACUUCUGCUUAAGUGAUGGGUUUUUUUCGUGUUGAACACAUUUUUUUUUGUUCUAUUUGAAAAUGUCUUCUUCGCUUAUGGAUAAAAAAAAGUAAAAAGGCUGCACCUGCUGAAGCAAGCCUAGAGAUCAGAGACACUUGGCACUAUAGAUCAUGAGAGCCGAUGUAGACCUAGUUAGGGUACGGAGACAGUAGGCCUGAUUUAGGCCAGAGUAGGAUGUGUAUAGUUAGGCCACGCUCCCCGUGGUAUGCUGUAUUUAUCUAGGUCUUCUCAGUGUGAGACCUAGCAAGUCUGUGGUUGAUGGUAUUUUGUGUAUAGUGACGUACACAUUGGGCUCAAAUCUUCCCGAAUUUGAGUCCCUUCAUGGAUGUGUUUGGUUCGUUUGCUUGUCAACCCAUCCGCACAAACAAAAUCCCUCUUGUGACCCCAUCAUAUUCUAUUCACAGAGGCCUAGAGUUCAAUAGGGGGCUGCUUCUUUGUAUUAUUUCAUAUGUUGUUACUAUGUUUAGCACAUUGUACUUGAAUUCAUUUUUUUUAUGACCUCAUAAGCAUAUGUUUUGCCGCUGCCUAAUAAAUGGCAUUUUGUUUUUCGUUUCUUUGUUUCUGACACGUUGGAGGAAAGGAAUGUGCCAAAUGAAAAUGAGCAAGAUUAGACAUUGUGUCAGGUUUAUUAAUCUUUUUUUUUUUUUUUUCCUGUACCAAAAUGUGGUAUUAUUUUGGGUUGACAUCGCUCAUGUGCAUUAUUGCUAGAGCUGUUUUUUUUGUUUUUUUUCUUUCAAUGUUCAUAAAAGCUACCUCUAAACCCGUUUACUACCAGGGGGGCGUACAUCAUAUUGCAAAGCAAUAUAUAAUAGGCUCCUCUGGCAGCGUAAGGGUUACUUAUGAUGUUUUCAGUUUUAAAAGCACGGUUUUGCGUUAAUCUUACAUUAUGCUUAAUAUUUUCAUCUCAUAUUUUACAUGCAAUUUUGUUUGUGGUGUUUGUUUUUUCUUGUAAGUAAGCUGCAUUUAUAGCAAAAUAUAACAGGUCUAGGGGAUACAUUUGUAGAUACCCUUGGAGGGGAAGCUAGAGCUGCCAACCAUGCUUCUAAUGAAUGGAUCUGCUUUGCAGGACUUUCUGGCGUUUAACUGGUUAAGUGACUGUUUGCUUCUGCUGUAUUAAUCCCACACAGUGAUCCUGACACAGACAUAUGGAAACUAAAUAGCUCCCCAAAUUAGAACGUUUUUUUUUUAAAUGUAGGUCUGAGGGAAGGGGUGGGAGGGCAAGUGAAGGAACUGUGAUUGAAACUUGAAUUUGUUAAUAGAAAGUAUAGGGUUUCUGUUUUGUUUUAUUCAUAAUGUGAAGGUGAUAAAAGUAUUAAAUCUCUCAUUAGAUAAAAUGUUUUUUUUUUUUUUUUGGCUUUGUUUCACAGUUCACCCCAAGGCAGCCGUCUGCAUUAACAAAUCUAAGCUGGUUAACAAGUUCACAACAAAAUUUCACUUUUUUUUUUUCCCCCCUUGGUUGGGCAAUAUCAAACGCACUAGGUUUAGGGAUAGAAGAAUGUAUUUCCAGAAAAAAAACCUAAUUAAAGAGAGUUUGUUUUUAUUUUUGUUCUAUGCCCAGCCUUCUCCCUCUUGAUUACUACGACAUUGGAAUGGGGCGAUAAAAUGUUGGAAAUUAAUGAGACGAAAAUUUUUGCAAAGUUGUGAUAUUUUUGUAAUAUUUGUUAGUCUUUUUUGUCAGUUUUGGGCCUUAAUAUUUUUUUUUUUGUAAUGUGAACAGGACUGUGUGCGUGCGUUUGUGAGGUUGGGUGUGUGCUUCUUCACGCUUAUGGUUCCCACUGUACCUUGCGUGUUCAAGUUUAACAAAACUCAUACAGUAUUGUGCUUAAUCGGAAGAAUCGCUUCUGCCUGGCGUUGGAAUAAGAAGAUUGCUGAUGGUUUGAGGGUAAAAAGUCCUGAUAAUGACAUCAUCCAAACUGAUGUUCUCUUAUCCGUAUCUAUAUCAAAUUUAGCUGCAGGUAUGGGACCUGUUAUCCAGAAUGCUCUUUCCGUAAUGUGGAUCCCCUUAUCUUAACCCUGCUAAAAAUCAUCCUAAGGAUUCAUUAUAUCUUCGUUGGGAUCAAGUACAAUGUACAGUUUUAUUAUUACAGAGAAAAAGGUUUAAUAAUGUUUAAAAAAUUUCCAUUGUUUGUGGAGUCUGUGGGAGACGGCCUUCACAUAAUUUGGCGCUUUCCGGAUAACCGGUUCCCAGAUAACAGAUCCCAUACCUGUAUUCUAAAACCACCUCACAAAUUUCAUAUAUUCUGUUUUAUAGCAGACACCUUAAAUAUGCCAUUGCAAUUUGGAUAAUUACCCCCAAAACUUUUGAAACUAUUAAAGCCGAUAAAUCCCUCAAGCCAUAACGCAAUCUUAUCUCGUUCUUGUGCCACACCCACUGUAAGUUGUCCCGAGAAAAAGGCUUGUUAAAUCUCUGUGCCUGAAUAUUUUUUGUUUUGUUUGUUUUUGUAUUAAAAUCGAAAAAAAAAAAAUUCAAAAAUAAAACAAUGCAGGAAAACUGCAUCCAGCUACAAAAAAAAAGUAUGUAUAAAUUUCUGCAGUUUCUCUCACAAUUGUUCUGACUGUAACAGAGCAGCGUGCUUUGGAUGUGUGACCAGGGAUGGACAAUACCGCAAGUAAUUCAAUCAUUUCACUUCCCUUGAUAUCCCUUAUUACACAGAGACAAAAGUUAUUAGAAAUCCGUUUGUUUGAGCUGCCCCUUUAAUUGGCAAAUAAGUUAUGUAUGCACUUUUAGCUCUGCAUUCAUCUUCGCUUUCGAAUUUUGCCUGAAAACUUCAGGGUUUUGCCAAAAACCCAGCGCACAUCAAAAAAUCAUUGGGACUUCUCCCAUUGACUUAUGCAACCUCGACAGGUUUGAGAUGCCGGAUUUUCAGAAUCAGACUUUUUCAUCCUCUGGGUUUAAUCAAGUCCGAAAAAUUUGUGAUUUUUUUUAAAAGUCAGAUUUUAUAAAAAAAAAAUCCCAGAUUUUUGCAUUCGGAGUUUAGUAAAUAACCCCCUUAAUAUUCAUUUGAUGCCAAAUCAAGAAAGCAAGGCUGACCUUAGAGCUGCAAUGGCAUAUGGAUCAUAAUGCAAAAGAGAAAAUAAGAAAUUUAGAAGGAAUCCAACUCUCUGGUUCCAUAAUGCAUUCCGGUUCUGUGGAUUUUUAAGCAAAUUUGGGCCGUUUACAAAUUGUACAUUACUUAUAAAUGACCAUCACUGGGAUGCAAUCUAAAGCAGUCAGUCUGCUCCAUAGUCUUCGUUGUACUUCUCAUGUAGUGUUAUGCAUGUGCUCUGUAAGAGACCUGGUUAAACAUCAUAAUCUGUCCUUAUGUAAGUGUACAUAUUGUAGCAUUGCGGACCAACUGCCCCAAGGGACCUAGCAAAUAAUCACUUAAUUUACCAUUUAUUUUUUCCUCUUGUCUCUUUUCUGUUUUUUUUUUUUUAAUUUCAUUUGUGGAUAUUUUUUUUCUCUGUUCUUCUUCCCAAGUUUAUUCUGCUAGCCUUCAUGUCGUUAACAGCACAAGUGCCAUUCUCAAACGCUGCCCUAAAACGAAGACAUUAAUAAAGUUUAUAGUGUUUAAUGAAUGGAUGUUAACCCCUUUUCUGCUGGAGCUUUCAGCAAUACUUUGAUGAAUCCUCCAGCACUAAAGUGGUUACUUUUUAAGUCUACCUCAGCACCCACCGCCUAUGUUAAAAGGGGUGCCCACUGGUUUUGUUGCCUAUUUUCUUUUUUUUUUAAUAUUAUUUUUAUUUUUAGUCUUUCUGUUACAUUCUUUUAGAUUAUUUUUGUUUCUUUUAAUUAAAGCAGCGGCUCAUGAGCAAAUGUUUAUUAGCUCCAUCCUUAUUCUAUGAUGCAAAUUGCAUUGUCCUUGCACACUUCUUCCGUCUUAUGAGAUCUUUUAAAUUAACAGUUCCCUAGUUCAGUUCCCAACACAUUAUUCUGAGGAUAUUCUUGAGAUCCCGUCUGAAUUAGGAUAACCACACGUUCUCACAUAAUUUCUUCUAUAAAGUGAGAAUUCAUGGUCCUCUAUUCUUGUAGCUUCUUUCAUUGCAGUUUGGAAGCAGUAAUGGGCUUCCUUUAUGUUUUCCAUAGCUAUCUAGAUCUAAUUGAUCUAGAACUUCCAUCCCCUUGGAGUCUCUGCUAGAAGCAUUGCAAAGAUCACAUGUUUAAAACCAUUUAGUAGAUUAGCCAUUCAAUUGCGAAUUUCAGAAGAAAAAUAUGCAAAGCGCAAAUGCUCAAACUGCAAAAUAUUUGUAUUUUUUUCCCCAAAACAAGUUUAAUAGAAAAAAUAAAUGAAUGAGUGCUUUAAUGCACUAUUUUACUGCAUUGGUAUGAUCUUAGACAAAGCAAAUGUAGUUAAAAGUCCUUUGUAACUUCUUUGGUUGUUUCUGGUAUAUCUACAACGUAGGCAACACAACAUCCCUACAGAAACCCCUAGUUUCCCAAGCAGUAAUGUACAUCCUCUCUUUAAUUCUGAUAUGAUACUUAAUGAGGUCCGCUGCUUUACCUCUUGUUUUGUUAUCCUAUUUGCAAGAGCGCUUUCUUUUCAAAUUUUCAUUUUGUCCUUUAAAAAAAAAAAACUAGAAGCAGUAAUCUCAAGAGGGCAAAGCUACAUUUCUAUCUUUCUCUCCUUUCUGUGCCAUUCUAUGUAUAAAAGCAUUUCUCCGUGACUACAGUGUUUCUCAUUCUUAAUAUUUCUUGUGUUUCUUUUUCUUUUCUUUCCCUUUGCCAGAGAAAAAAAAUUUGAAUAAAAUGCUGCAGGAUUUUUUUUCUCUCUACAUUGUCACUAAGUGAAGUUUGUGCCUUGUAUAGCAAAGAAAAUAUUUUUUACAUCCUACUAACAGUAAAUAAAUUUUUUUGUAGUGGACAUUUUUUGUAUUUUUAUUUAUAAGUCUCAUAAGAAAAAAAAAAAUAGCAAUGUUCGGUUGUAUACUUUAAAUCUGCAGUUAGAAUAAAGUUAAUUCCAUUGUCAUUUUAGUAGUAUGGCGUGUUUAUUCUUU